AUGGUACAAAUGGCUUCUGUAAACUCGGAAUUUGUGAAAUACGUAUCACACCCUCAAAGUCAUAACUUUGAAUGUUACAUUUUCAGUAAAGAACAAUUGAUGGUUUUGAAUAAACUAAAGCCAGUCACAUUACAUGUUGACGCGACGGGUACAGUCAUAAGACCUACUACGUUAAAAAAAAAACAAGAAAAACGUUUAUUGUACUAUGCGGCAGUAAUAAAAGCAAACGAUCACAUGAUGCCAGUUGCGGAAUUCAUAAGUACCGAUCAAUCGACAACAGCUAUUUCCAGUUGGUUAUAUGCAUUGAAACGGUUUGCAACAGAACACGGCUUUGACGUGUCAGAUUUAAUUGCGAAUGUUACUAGUGAUUUCUCUACGGCAAUAAUCAAAUCGCUGGCACAGGCUUUUAACGGGUGCAAAGAUGUCAUUGACUACCUAGAUCAAUGUUAUGAUUACUUGUACGAAAAUAAACAAAUGAAAUCAAAAAUCAUACUCAAUUUGUGUUGCUGUCACUUGGUGAAAAACAUUUCAGACGACGUGUUCAAGUACUAUGGUGCAGUAGGCAAAAUUAAUAAAAACAAAGAUCUUGCACGUAUCAUUGUUGGUUUUGUAACACCAGCAUUCGACCUGAAAAUGGCAAAUGAUUUGGAUAAAUGGUUUAAAGCACUUUGCACUGUUAUACUUUCACCUUACCAAAAUGGCGAUGUCCAGAAAUCCGUCGACUACCUGCUUAAACUUAACAGUAGCGAUAUGUCGGUGUUGAAUUCGAAAGAGUACAAAGAUUUUGAAAACAUGUUGUCCUUAAAUUGUGAUGGAACGCAGGUAGAUGAUCUGAAAACAAACCCAUCAUCAAAGGGAAAAUAUAAAGCUUCAAAGUGUUAUGGUCGUUUUGCGAAAAUGUCGAGAGACAUAAAAGCAUCAUUUACAUCAGACAGUAAAGGCGUUCCAAAUGAGUUUCACAACGAAGAAUAUUUCAGCGACUUGAUUCGAUCUGUUGUACCCGUCAUACCAAUGUGGACUUAUCUUAUGUUAUAUUCCAAAAUAAAAGUCUGCCAUAGACCAAAUAAUUCUGGUGCAGAAUUAUGGUUUCAUUAUCUCAAAGGGAACAGCCUACAAGCAAAAAGUAUGAAAUGUAGUCGCUUCAUAAGGCUUACUAGAGACAGGAUAGAAAGUGUCACCAAGGAAGUCCUGUGCGACAUACCCAACACGCGUUGUGCCAUUCCCAAAAAACAAAAUGUCGAUUGCAAUAUUGUUCGGAAAAACAAACAGGCACGUAGCCAGGAAUUUUUCUAUGAGCCAAUAUUUGUUGGCCCCUUUAUGUUUUUGUACCCACUACCACUCCUCUCCUUAUCACAUAAUAUCUAUAAAAAAAUAUACUACAUUUUAACAGUGUAA